AUGGAAAAUCUUUUGAUCGAACUUGCUACAAGGACUACAGUUUUAGUUUGGACUGAAACAAUUUUGUUUGCGGUUAUCAAUGUAUUGGCUUUCUUUGGCAAUCUUCUCACAUGUUAUGCCGUGUACAGAAACUACAGGCUCCGCACGCCUCCAAAUAUGUUCGUCGUAGCACUGGCUGUGAGUGAUAUUCUGAUGUCCACCUGCUGCAUGCCUUUUACAGUUACAACUCUCUUUAUCGGCCGUUGGGAGUUUGGUGAAACUAUCUGCCAUCUUCAGGGGUUUGGAGCUUACACAUUUGCGAUUGUUUCCCUCUGUACCAUGGGAGUAAUUGCAGUGAGUCGAUAUUUCUGUAUUGUUAAACCUGGGAAGUACCAAGAGCUGUUUACGAAGCGAAAAAUUUUGAUCUACAUUAUUAUUGUAUGGUGCGCAGCUUUGCCAGGUUCUGCGCCGCCAUUUUUCAUCGAAGACGGCAGAUAUAAGUUCCAUGCGGGUGAAGCAAUAUGUUUGAGUAGGGAUAACAUUACAUUUUUGAGCCUAACCUACUGUGUUUACAUUAUCACUCCAUUUACGGUCAUUGCCGUCUGCUACAUCAAAGUUUGCCGUGCUGUUUCCAGAUCAAAUCGUGUUUUCCCGCAGAAAAAUAGCCUCCUGAACCGCCGGGUAAAUAUAAAAGAAGCAAAAGUGACAAAGACUUUGAUAGCAAUUCUGUUCGCCUUCUCGUGUUGUUGGCUUCCAGUUUAUGUCAUGAAUUUUGUUCAAAUUCAUUAUGGGGAAUACUCUUUACGGCGACAAUGGUAUCUUGCAGUCGGGUUUUUGUUGUAUUUGAGUAGCUCUAUCAACCCUUUCAUAUACGGUAUCAUGAAUAGACAGUUUAGACAAGAGUGCAGAAGUAUUGUGCGUAACGUUCUUCGCUUAAAAAAAUCAAAAUAA